AUGGACAGGGAACGAAAGAUGAACCCAGAAAGAGGGCAUUGGAAGGGGAAGUAUGAUUUCGUCUUCUCGGCACUGGGAUUCGCAGUCGGGCUGGGGAACAUCUGGAAGUUCCCCUACCUCUGCUACCUCUACGGAGGAGGUGCAUUCCUCCUCCCCUACACCUUCAUGCUCUUCUUCGUCGGGAUCCCCAUGUUCCUCCUUCUCCUUGCCAUCGGCCAAUUCUCGGCCCUCACUCCCACUAAGUGCUACUCGAACAUGGCACCUCUGUUCCUUGGGUGCUACAGUGAGACAGAAAAGCGAAUUUGCAGGGGACAGAAUGAAUCAAACGUGUACUUCAACGGAUCGUGCUUCGACGUCGCGACUGCAGAGCGAAAAGGAAUUUCCGAGAUUUUUCCCGGCGAGAGAAUCUCUGGGCCAAAGAAUUCUAAAAUCGAGAUCUCGCGAAUCCUCGGUUUCCCCACAGCAUCCGAGGAGUACAUGAAUCACCGAGUUCUGGGAAUCACAUCCGGUCUGGAGGACUUGGGAGGUCUCCAGUGGCGACUGGUCGUGUACUUCACGGCCACCUUCCCAUACGUCGUCAUGCUGGCUCUUCUCGUCCGGGGAGUGACCUUGCCCGGCGCCGUGGACGGCAUCCGGUUCUACAUGGUCCCUCGAUGGGAUAAGGUCACGAACAUCAAGGUCGAGUUCUCCCUCGCUAUUUUCCUCAAGUCUUCGAUUGUACUCCAAGAGUACAUUUAG